AGUGAGGCGCAGCCACGCCCCUUACCGGGGUUUCUGUGGAGCUGUGGCGGUGCCGGCUUCGAGCAUCCCUGCCCUGGCAGGCUGGGGGACUGCGAGGCUGCAGCUCCGGCGGCCAGCUCCGGAGAGGACAUGUCCAGCGAUGACGAUGCUGCCCCCACAGCUGCAGAGGCAGCGGGUGACACCCACCUGCUGGGCUUCUCAGAUGAGAUUCUCCUGCAUAUCCUGAGCCAUGUCCCCAGCACAGACCUGGUUCUCAAUGUGCGGUGUACCUGCCGGAAGCUGGCAGCCCUGUGCCUGGACAAGAGCCUGGUGCAUACUGUGCUGCUACAGAAGGACUACCAGGCCAGUGAGGAUAAGGUGAGGCAGCUGGUGAAGGAGAUCGGCCGGGAGAUCCAGCACCUGAACAUGGCAGGCUGCUAUUGGUUGUCCGGCUCCACCAUUGAGCAUGUGGCCCGAUGUCACAGCCUGGUAAAGGUGAACCUGUCUGGCUGCCACCUCACCUCCCUGCGGCUGUCCAAGGUGCUUUCAGCAUUGCAGCACCUGCGCUCGCUGGCCAUCGAUGUGAGCCCUGGCUUCGAUGCCAGCCAGCUGAGCAGCGAGUGCAAGGCCACGCUGAGCCGCGUACGGGAGCUCAAGCAGACACUUUUCACACCGUCCUAUGGUGUGGUGCCCUGCUGUGCCAGCCUGCAGAAGCUGCUGCUCUACUUUGAGAUCCUGGACCGCACACGUGAGGGUGCUGUCCUCUCAGGCCAGCUCAUGGUGGGCCAGAGCAACGUGCCCCAUUACCAGAACCUGCGUGUCUUCUACGCACGCCUGGCUCCGGGCUACAUCAACCAGGAGGUGGUGCGGCUCUACCUCGCUGUGCUUAGUGACCGUACUCCCGAGAACCUGCAUGCCUUUCUCAUCUCCGUCCCUGGCAGCUUCGCAGAGAGUGGGGCCACCAAGAACCUGCUGGACUCCAUGGCCCGCAACGUGGCCCUGGAUGCCCUGCAACUGCCCAAGUCAUGGCUGAAUGGCUCCACCCUCCUCCAGCAUAUGAAAUUCAACAAUCCCUUCUACUUCAGCUUUAGCCGGUGUACACUGUCAGGCGGUCACCUGAUCCAGCGGGUCAUCAAUGGGGGGAAGGACCUGAGCAGCCUGGCCAGCCUCAACCUCAGUGGCUGUGUGCAUUGCCUGUCUGCGGACUCAUUGCUCCGUAAGGCAGAGGAUGACAUUGACAGCAGCAUCCUGGAGACGCUGGUGGAGUCCUGCUGUAACCUGCACCACCUCAAUCUCUCAGCUGCCCACCACCACAGCUCCGACGGCCUGGGCCGCCACCUCUGCCAGCUCCUGGCCCGGCUCUGCCACCUGCGUUCCCUUUCCCUGCCUGUCUGCUCUGUGGCUGAUUCAGCACCCAGGCCUGACCGUGCGCCUGCCCCGCCAGCUAUGCACGCGGUGCCCCGUGGCUUUGGCAAGAAGGUGCGCAUUGGGGUGCAGACUUGUCCCAACCCUUUCCUGGGCCAGUCGACCCCCCAGCCUGCCUCUGUGUUCUGGUCUCUGCUGAAGAAGCUCCCUUUUCUGGAGCAUCUGGAACUGAUUGGGUCCAAUUUCUCCUCAGCCAUGCCCCGCAAUGAGCCUGCCAUCCGCAACUCCCUCCCGCCCUGCAGCCGGGCACAGAACGUGGGGGACUCAGAGGUGGCUGCCAUCGGCCAGCUGGCCUUCCUGCGGCACCUGACACUAGCCCAACUGCCAGGCAUGCUGACAGGCUCUGGACUAGUGAGCAUUGGCCUACAGUGCCAGCAGCUGCAGUCUCUGUCGCUGGCCAACCUGGGCAUGAUGGGGAAGGUGGUGUACAUGCCUGCUCUUGCCGACAUGCUGAAGCACUGCAAGCGGCUGAAGGACCUGAGGCUGGAGCAGCCCUAUUUCAACGCCAAUGCACAGUUCUUCCAGGCACUGGGCCAGUGUUCAUCUCUGCAGCGCCUGUGCCUGGUGUCUCGAAGUGGCACGCUGCAGCCGGAUGCCGUGCUGGCCUUUAUGGCCCGUUGCCUGCAUGUUGUCGUGUGUCACAUGUUCACUGGAGAAUCCCUCAUCACCUGCAAGAGCCUGCAGCAGUCGCUCCUCCGGAGUUUCCAGGCUGAGAGGCCCGCAUUGAACGUCGUCAUCUUCCCCCUGCUCCACGAGGGCCUGACAGAUGUCAUCCGAGAUGUCCCCAUGGUGCACCUGGACGAGAUCACCUUGUUUAAAAGCAGAGUGGCUGAGGAGCCACCGAACCUGUGGUGGUGAGAGGGUUGCCUGGCCCCAGCCCCGCCACUCUUGUUAGCAGAGACUCUUUCUGUCUGGGUCUUCACAAGGGUCCAAGAAGCCAGCGGACAGUAGGUCCUUGUUUUGUGAUGGGAAGAAAGAGUUUCCAGUUGUUCUGAGACAUUUACCCCUCUCACUUGCUCUCAAGAAUACUUGGCUCAGUGACAAUGAUCAAGUAGGCGGAUGUGAGAGCCUUCAGGGCCUGGCCACAGUCCCAGGGGCUUUGUGGGCUACAGGCCCCAAUCCACCUGCUUACUUCAGCAUGAGGACUGUCCCUCUGUCCCUUUGUCCAUGGUCAUCUACAGUUGAGUUCAGUAAUGUGACUGUAUCCACAUGGGGUCAGGGUGGGCUGGGCUCUCGCUGUGAAAUCCCCACAAUGACAUCUCUGAGCCUGUGGCUCCUUUUCCUACUGAGACACAUUUAGGGCAUGGCCCAAUGGCAGAGUACUCGCCCAUUGUGUAUGAGGCCCUGGGUUUCAUCCCCACCACAAAGAAAAAGAAAAUGUUUUAACCCAA